AUGACUUUGACUAAACAUUGGAGAUAUGAUGAAAAUGAAGAUUUAGUAGUAAAUCAAUUGAAAGGUUUGUUAGCUUCAAAUCCAUAUAUUAAACUAAUACCUUCAGAAAAAGUAGUUUUUAAUCCACAUUCAAAUACUCAAAAUAAGAUAACUUUGAUUAGUGGGGGAGGAGCUGGUCAUGAACCUUUACAUGGUGGAUAUGUAGGAGAAAACUUGCUAGAUGCAGCUGUUAGUGGUUCAAUUUUUGCAUCUCCUUCAACAAAACAAAUUAUGGCUGCUAUAAGGACAAAAUCAAACAAAGAGAAAGGUACCCUAAUAAUAGUUAAGAAUUAUACUGGAGAUGUUUUACAUUUCGGAUUGACAGCAGAGAGAGCUAAAAACGAAGGUUAUAAAAUUGAAAUUGUUUUUGUAAGUGAUGAUGUUGCGGUAGGUAGAGAACAAAAUAAAAUGGUUGGAAGAAGAGGUCUAGCAGGGACUGCAUUAAUUCAUAAAAUUUUAGGAGCUGCUGUUUUAGAUCCCAAAGUGGAGUUGAAACAUGUAGCUGAUUUUGGUAAUGUUGUGAAUGAAAAUAUGGUGACACUAGCAGCAAGUUUAGAUCGUACCUCAGUACCGGGUAAAGCGGAAGUCGAAGUUGAAUUUAAUGACACCGAUGAAGCAGAAUUAGGGUUAGGUAUUCAUAAUGAACCGGGUACCAAAAUGAAGCCAAUUCCAAAUAUAGAUGAUUUGGUUAAAAAAAUGUUGCACCAGUUAAUAUCACCAGAAGAUGAACAACGUAAUUAUGUGAAUUUUAAUUCAAAUGAUGAUUAUUUGCUAGUAAUAAAUAAUAUUGGUGGAACUUCAACAUUUGAAUUAAACCUUAUAACAGAACAUGUAUUGAAAAAUCUACCUUUCAAAAACAAGCCAAAAAGAGUUCUUGUUAGUGAUUUUGUUACAUCUUUUAAUUCACCUGGAUUUUCCAUUACUUUAUUAAAUUUAUCAAACAUAGAUGAACAAAAUGGUCCGUACAAUCAAAAGGAUAUUCUUCAGUUUUUAGAUACUCCAACAAAUGCUCCAGCUUGGAAACCAAAAGUGUAUGACUCGGAAUUAUGGGAGAACUCAAAUGAUUCAACUAGAUUGGUCGAAACACCUAUGAAAGAUCAACCUACACUCAAAUCAGACUUAAGAAUAGAUCCAGAUAAAUUUAGAAAUAAUUUAGUCAAUGCUUUGAAAAACCUAUUGAAAGAAGAAAGUAAUAUAACUCAUUAUGAUACAAUCGUUGGUGAUGGUGAUUGUGGUGAAACUUUAGCAAGUGGCGCAAAUUCAAUUUUAAGAGCUUUAAAGGAUGAAAAAAAAUUCAUAAAUAAUUUGGAUGAUCCAGUUGCUUCAUUAUCAACGAUUACACAUUUAGUAGAAGAAAGCAUGGGUGGAACAUCUGGUGGUUUAUAUUCCAUUUUUUUAACUUCGUUAGUACAAAAUUUACAAAAUUCAAAGAUGGUCGAUAAUAAAACUAUAAGUGAAGCACUUCAUCGAGCUCUUCAUAAUGGUUUAUUCAAAUAUACAAAAGCAAGAGUAGGUGGUAGAACUUUAGUUGAUACAUUACAGCCAUUUGUUGAUACUUACUACGAAACAAAUGAUUUACAAAAAGCAGUAGAAGCUGCAAGAAAUGGGUGCGAAAGUACCAAGAAAUUACACGCGUCGUUUGGAAGAGCUAGUUAUGUUAAUGAAGAAGACUUCAAAGUGGAAGGUGGUAUUCCUGAUCCUGGUGCUGUUGGAUUGUUGGCAUUAAUUGAAGGUUUUUUUGCGAAUUUUCAACUGUUGUAG